AUGAAGAUGCACGCUCGCGCUGCCAAAAAUCUUGCAGACAAGUCCUCUCUGCAAAUAAUUUCGUUCAUUAGGAGACAGUUCGUGCAGAUAGGCCCGUUUCUUUUCUCGAAAGAGAAUCCGAAGGAUGCGCAGUUGCACUGCCUUCUUCCAUUUCGUGUAAUCAUCAACAACUGCAACAACAUGACCAUAAGCAGACUCAUCGUCAAUGUAGAAGCAAUCAUAGUAUCACAAUCCUCAGUCACCUCAUUUUUCAUUGACUCUUCAUCCAAAGCCUUUUUGAAACUGUUAGCAAUCGUUUUUCUUUCAGAAACUGCGUUAAAACUUUCAUAA